GGAAGAACCAAGAAUCACUUCCGAUGCUGAAGGAAAGGGCCUCUACUCCCGAAAAAUUAGACCCAAGUCCCGAUACCCGUCCCCAAGUGCUAUCUCAGAGGACCUAUAUCUGACAUCAUAGACACGUUGUGUGUCGGGAUUGCGCCUUCCAACAGUAGCAUACUCUCUGCUCUUGCCAUCAUUCUGUGCUCAGCGGGAAGGUGUCUUCCUUUUCAAUAUGAUGAACUUUGCCCGAGGCCCUCCCUGGGCUAUUUCUCCAUGUUCCAUAACUCCAACCAUCCUUAACGCAACGUUCUCUCCGGGAAAAAACAGGCAGAUUACCAAUGAUGCGUCUCGUUCUGCUUUGCUUCUUACUCUUCUGGGGCUCUUGUACCGUCCGUGCCCAGGCUGAACAUGACAGUUCAGUGGGUUGGGCGCCGCGUGGCCUCUUUCGCCCUCGCCAGAAAAACGGCAAUCCCCCUUGGAGUCCCCCUGGGAGUGCUGCACGGUGCCCCCAACAUGCUGCCAAAGAGAUUUCUGCCCCCAAAGCCAAUGUUUGGCAGGGGCUAUUGCCUGAGGAAACGGCUUCCGUGGUGGAAUGGCUACAUCAGCAGCCCGAGUUGAAUCUAACUGAGAAGAGUGCUGGAUCCUGGGAUAACUCCAUUGCUCUGGUCGAGCUUUUGCACCCGAACAAGAGCAAAGUCGUGCCCUAUCUCGAUGAUAACUGCACUGCCCCCCUACGGUUUGCCCGUGUCACCCUGGAUAAUCGUGCUACUGUUGACGCGCACUACGCCGAAAUUCGCGUCGGUCCGCUGCCAGUCGAGCAGAAUGUAACGCAAUGGACGCCACUGGGCUUUGACUGGACACGAAAGUCGAAUGGGAAGGUACGCAAUCUGUACGCCGACCUCGCAUCCUUGAGAGAAUGGAUGUACAUCAUUAGCGCUAGCAUUGCGGAUAUCACACUGGAUCUUUGGAACGGCACCGCGCUGGGCCUGGAAAACGACACUCUGGACAUCGCCGGGUUUAACCCUAUGUGGCAGGACGACGACCGCGUCGUGCGUUGGGAUUCUUUCUGGAAUCAACCGACGGACGAAUUCGACGCCCAGAGCCUUCUACCAUUGGGGCUUUUUUUCAAGUCUGAUGUGACCGGUCGCGAUCCUUCACAGUGGGAAUUACAGGGCUGGUUAUAUAACAACAUCUUCUACAACACUACCGACGCUUUUCGUGCGGCCUAUUAUUCACCCGGUUUCGUCAAGCUGGGCGCCAACAUUGAGGGCGACUGGGCUCGCACCGGUCAACACGGCGAGACUUUUCCACAGGACGAGAAAGAGCCCCCCGUGUCGGUGGCUCCGGGAGGCAAUCGGUUCUCGAUGGAUAUAGAGAAACAGUAUGUUACGUGGAUGGAUUUCUCCUUCUACAUCGGCUUCUCGCGCCACACCGGGGUGUCUCUAUUCGACAUUCAAUACCAAGGUCAGCGUAUCCUAUAUGAACUAGGCCUACAGGAAGUAUUGGCCCAUUACGCAGGCAACGAUCCGGUACAGUCGGGCAUGACACCUCUGGACUCCUUCUUUGGAUUUGGGUCGAAUACUUUCACGCUGAUCAAGGGUUUCGACUGUCCCUCCUACGCCACCUAUCUCAACUCUUCGUUCUACUUCAACGAAACGACGCACACUCAUAUUGAUAGUCUGUGCCUGUUCGAAUAUAACGCCGACCACCCACUUCAACACCAUAUCGCCGACGAAUACUCGGGCGCCACCCGCAACGUCUACUUUACCCUGCGCUCGGUGGCGACGGUUGGCAACUAUGACUACAUCCUCAGCUAUACAUUUCACCUGGACGGCUCCAUCGGCAUCGAUGUGCGCUAUUCUGGUUAUAUCAUAGGGGCGUUUUACGCACACAACGACGACUACGGUUAUCAGAUUCACGACGCACUGUCUGGGUCGAUGCAUGACCAUGUCUUGAACUUCAAAGCCGACUUCGACGUGGUCGGUCCGGCUAAUUCGGUGCAGCUAACGUCGGUGGUGCCUGUCUCCAAAUCGUAUGUCUGGUCCGAUCGGCCGCGCAGUACCAUGAUGCUACAACGGUCCCUGAUUGCCACUGAGGAUGAUGGCCGAUUAAAUUGGGAGCCAAAUGGCGCCAAGCAAGUUCACAUCGUCAACCAAGACGCGCCAAACCGCUAUGGAGAGUUUCGUGGCUACCAGAUUUUGCCCGGACAUACAGCGCAUCUCACGGUGCUUAACUCGAGCAACUUGGCGAACGCGGCACACUGGGCCGAGUACGACGUCCAAAUCACCCGGCAGCAUGACUGGGAGCAGCGUUCGGCAUAUCCGCUCAACAACCUGGACGUUCACGAUCCACCGAUCGACUUUGACGACUUCUUUGACAGCGAGAGUCUCAAUCAGACUGACUUGGUCGUCUGGGUGAAUCUGGGAAUGCACCAUGUCCCGAACACGGCGGACCUGCCCAAUACUGUCGUCACAACCUCGCAUUCCAGCGUGCGCUUUGUGCCGGUCAACUACUUCCCGCUUAACCCCAGUCAACGCACUAUUCAAGCGGUGCACAUCAAGUACGGUAAUGGGUCGGCGACAGUGGAGGACUUUGGACAAACGGGAGAGAGUUGCGCAGUACCCAGCAUCGAGGAACAGCUGGAACCGUUGUAUGAAUAUCAAGUGGAUGUAGAGCUCUGAUAGCUGUAUGACCCCAACGGUUAUUUGGUUAUCCUUACAUCAACCCAAAAUUGUUAGCCAGAGGAACCUUCGAUGGUCUUCUUUCAUUGUGCUUGACAUGAAGUAUAGGCACUGCUCCUACAACGGUAGAUAUUGAAGUAUACAAUACACAAG